GUACUACUACAUUACACUGUACAUCAACAAAAGAGGAUACUUUGAACUUUUCCAGAAGGAACAUUGCUUCACUGUCUGCCUCUUUCUCUCUCUCUCUCUGUGAUUGACAUGUAGCAGCUGCCACACUUACAAUCAGCGGGGCUCCCACUUAGUCGGGCACUCAGUAUCUCUGACACUCGGUAUCUCUGAAGUUUCCAUCACUGGAGCGCCGAGAUUCAACGCUGGAGUUAUUCUCUCUCUCUCUGCCUGUGAGUGAGGACGGAGCUGGAAUUAACUCUCAAGGACCCAAAGGAGGAUACACCUUUCAUGACGCACAUUGAUAUAAUAUUUGUUUCAUUGAUGUUUCAUAUGAAUGGAAAACUUUUGGAGGGUUACUGGAAAUCCUAUACUAACAUUAAGAGGUCUGGAAGAGCGUAUCAUUAAUCAAUUAUGAUCCUCUUUUCCCUCAGUGUUUUUCUGCAGUGUUGAAGAAAUCCGUGGGGCGAACAGCUCAGUCAAGCUCUCUUUGAAUAUCUCGUAUUGUUCAGAGAUUGUUGUGCUAUAAUCUAAACAUAGGGAAAUGGACAGACUGAACUCAUCUGGAUCUUGGAGUUUAAAAAAAAAGUACUCUCGUGAGAUUUGACCAUAUUUCAGUCCUGCGUAAAUAACAUGAUGUUUAUUCAACAACGCACUGCAGGAGAUUUCUAGAGAAUUGAUGUUGUUUUCCACAUUUGCUUUUCUUUGAAACACAGUGUUGGUGUAUGGGAGCUGUGGGCUGAUUAUUUAUUACCAUAAGAGGUGCUGGAUUUCCAGGGCUGGUUCUCUCUCGGGGAGUCUGUCAGGUCUCCUUCAGCAUAUCUGACAGUCUGGCUGUGUGUGAAGGGGGAAGAGUCAUCUGGAGGAAACAACUCUACACCUCAGGCAUUGUGUUUUUAUACCUUUACAAGACUAUAUCUGACCUAACACCUUGGCUUUACUAAAGGCACUCUGAGCACCUGGAGGUAAAACUAUGGGGAUUCUGGGCUUCUUCCUCCGCCAGCGGAGCCUCUGGAUGUGUGACGACGGUCUUCAGCAGAUGCACAGACGCAGCAGCAGCCUGGUAGUCCUGAGGGAAAGCCCCGCUACUCUCUGACUCUGACCACCGAGUUGGACUGCUUGACCACUGGGCUGAAGGGAGAGCUGCUACGACUCUCUCCUCUACUCUGCCUCGCCUGAGCGGAGGUCAAGCGAAGAGUUCGACACGCAGACGAGUCUGGAUAAGCCGGGCGAACGAGUGUCAAUGCUCCUACUUAUUCUAAGAUGAAGUUAUGGAAGUGCGCCGCCAUCGCCUUGACUCUCUGUGGAGCAGCACUGUCCCUCUUCCUCACUCGAAUCAUGGUUCCCACGCCGCCGCAUCACAUCCCCUCCUGGUACACGUCUUCGUCUCGGACGUCCUUGUCCUCCAACUCCUCCCUGAUCGGCGGCCAUCAUCGCAAAGCGCGGUCAGUCGAAGGCGUUGGCAACAUUUUGACAGAAUUCAUGCACAUGUUCCAGAGCUUCACAGAGGGGGAGCUGAAGCAGAUGAUCGGGACUCUGGUGGAGAAGAAGGCACGGCAGGAGGCCAGGCAGGAGGCAAGGCAGAGCAAAAGGACUAAACGGGCUAAGAAAGCAUCAAAGCCAUGUUCCCUGCGGGAGGUGGAAGUGACUGUCAGUGAGCUGGGUCUGGGCUACCACAGUGAUGAAACGCUGCUCUUCAGGUACUGCAGCGGGAACUGUAAAGCUAGCCGACGCAACUACGACGUCAUACUGAAGAAAUGGACGAGGAAAGGCAUCUCGAAGAGGGAGAGGAGCCCGUGCUGCCGGCCCAAGGAGUACGAUGACAUUUCCUUCCUGGACAACAAUAACAGAUACAAGACGCUCCAUAACUUUUCUGCUCUGGCCUGUGGCUGUGUAUAAACGCCUCUAUAGCCAUUUUGAUUUCCCAGAUACU